AUGACACGGGACGUUGAGAGCGAUCAAGACCUAGAUGGUACUUCGCGUUGCUGCUCUUUGGCCUCGUCGACAUCCUCUUGUUCAGAUGUAGAGAUGACCACGAUAACCAAUGGAUCUUCAUCUUGUGUUCAGGCGACCCAUUCUCCUGCUUAUGCGCAUGAGUUACAAGAACCUCUUUGUAACGUGACUGAGGAUAGUUCUGUAACCCCAGCGACCGACGAACAAGAACAAGAUUUCCGAGAACAAUUACAAAAAGCCAUACUAGAAGAGCAGUCUCCUGCUACCCUAGACCUAGAGGAGCAGCAGGUUCCUACCACCGCUUCGUCCACCGCUUCGUCAAGUGCGAGAGCACCUCAGAUGUCACUCCAAGCUGCUCAGCUAUUUCUUGGAC